AUGCCAACAACCGAAUAUCGCGCGCAUGUCACGGGCGAUCCAGAGACGUGUGCGUGCAUAUUGCGCGAGUCGUGGCCGGACGCCGCCGCGUGGCCACGCGGGCAGACGCUGUCUUUCGGUACCGGCGCGUUUUGUGACUUUACGACGCUUCUGGCGACUCGCAGAGGGCACAUUCGGUGUCUGAAGUACGCCGUGGAGAAUGGCUGCGCUCUGCAUCCGAACCUAUUGCGCGAAGCCACGGAUGUGCCGACGCAGAUGCAGUGCUUCAAGUACGCGUUGGAACUCGGUCUGGAAGUGGACUACGACGCCGUGCAUACCGCGUGUCAGAAUACAAGUGUGACGAGAAUCACGCUCCUCAUCGAGGCCUACCAAGAGCAGACGAAACGAAGGAAGAGGAAACGAGAAGACGACGCGAAAAAUAUGAUUGUUGAGCGAGGAAGCGCGUUCAUAGGUGCGGUGUGCGCCAAUGCCGCGAGGGGACAGCCGGGCGAGGUAAUACAGUGUAUCGAUUUCCUCAGAGAGUGCGGUUGCGGUUGGAGUGAGACAGCCACUUGGAACGUAGCAAGAAAGGGCGUUGUCCGCGUGUUGAAACACUUGGUCGAGAAUGGCUGUCCUUGGGACGACGAAACACUGGCGUCGGCUGAAAAGAGCGGCGACGCCGAGACGAUUGCCUUCGCCAAGAGGCACGACAAAAAAGUCAAGCAAAGAAAGAGUCUUGAAACCAUGUUCAACGUCAUCGAAUCCCGCAAAGAACAAAUGACCGAACAAGAGUACAUCGACGCGUGCCGAGCCGCGAAAGAUCUCCACGAUUCGUUGUAA